AAAUCCAGUAAGAAACAUUAAGAAAAAGUUCCUCUCCGUCUAUUUAUAAGACGCGCUUAGUAUCAAACAAGAGGGCGUGAGGGUGCCACGAAGUCGUAACCGGAGGGCGUCGCACUGCAUGACGAUGCCACCAAGUUGUAACUAGGGAUGCAACAGUGACGAUAACCGUAGGUAUAGUUAUCGUAGUUGGACCGAUAACUGUAGGUACUGUUACCGGUCCAAGUACGGUAACCAUACCUUCGGUUGCCGGCCCAACUACGGUAACUGUACCUACGGUUACUGGUCCAACUACGGCAACCAUACCUACGAUGAUCGGUCCAGGUACGGUAACCGUACCUACGGUUAUCGGACCAACUACGAUAACCAUACCCACAGUUACCGGUCCAAAUACGAUAACCGUACCUACGAUUACCGGUUCAACCACGGUAACCGUACCUACGGUGAUCGAUCCGGGUACGAUAAUAGUACCUGCGGUUAUGGGUCCAAGUACGAUAACCUUACCUACGGUUACCGGACCAACUACGAUAACCGUGCCUACGGUUAUCAGUCCAACUAUUAUAGGGUGUUGGUAG